AUGACAUUUACUAGUGACGACGUCAAUUUUAUCAUCUACAGAUAUCUACAUGAGUCGGGUUUUGUGCAUACGGCUUACACAUUUGCCAAUGAAUCGCGUGUUCUCGAGUCCGGAGCUGCGGGUAACGAUGUGCCCAUGGGUGCAUUAAUUAAUAUUAUACAGAAGGGUAUUUAUUACACGGAGGCUGAAGCAUGUGCUGUGGCAAGCACGAGUGCCGCCGGUGAGCCACGAACUGAAAAAACGAUGGUAGAAAAUUUGUCCCUGCUUGAAGCAGUUCUAAAUGAAGUGCCGAGUAAUAAAAUCAAGGAGAAGCAACAGGAUAAGAUGGGAAUGUUGAAUUCAGCCGUUAGGGAUGAUAGGCAGCAACAACAAUUGAGAGAUCGAGAAAUGCGUGAAGCUCAUGGUGAAAAGCAAAACUAUUCGAUUUCAAAGACGAAAGAGUUAAAGGUCGUCCCUUCAACGUCGACAACAAUGUUACCUUUCGGUAGCAUUGGCCAACCUUCCGGUGUAAGCGGUGGUAAUGGUAGCGGUUCAAAUUCAAGUGUUAUGGGAGUACCUACGACCAGUACGUCAGGGUUAUUACCCAACAAUCACCAGCAGUUUCAUCCUUCCACGGCUAGUAUUACCGGACAGUCGACGGUGACCUUUCCGCAUCACGGGAAGCAGUUUUUUCUGGAACGGGAAAGGGAGUCGCGAGAUCGGUCACAAAAUGGAUUGAUGGGCAAGGCUAAAGUUGCAGCUGCUGAAUUUCGUGCUGCCCAGGCAAACAACGGCGACUUCAAUGGAACACCGAUGGAGAUUGAUGGUUUAAAAUCACGCGUGAACAAUGGUAAUGGUAUUCUUUCAACUGCGCAGCUAGAAAAUCGACCGUAUGAAAUUAGCAGGGAUAAGGUACGGUAUCUGAAGGGACACGAUAGCGAGGUAUUCAUUUGUACGUGGAAUCCAAAAAAUGAUCUCAUAGCUUCUGGGUCCGGUGAUAGUACGGCACGUAUAUGGAAUGUACAUGGUUCAGAGCUAGCAACAACGUCAUGCCAAGCUAUCCAUGAUAAUUCAAUAGUGCUCAAACAUUGUAUGCAAAAAGAUGACAAAAACCCUCCUACAAAUAAGGACGUUACUUCUCUUGAUUGGAAUUGUACUGGUGAUUUACUUGCAACUGGAUGCUAUGAUGGUUAUGCGCGCGUUUGGGCUACUGAUGGAAGACUGCGUUAUACGCUAGGAGCUCAUAAAGGUCCAAUUUUUGCACUGAAGUGGAACCAAAAAGGCGAUAAGAUUCUUAGUGCCGGAGUUGAUAAGACAACCAUUGUUUGGGAUCCACUUAAAGGUAUACAAGUGCAAGUGUUUCAAUUUCAUAGCAGUUCGGCACUGGAUGUUGAUUGGAUGUCAGAUGAUACAUUUGCAUCCUGUAGUACGGAUAUGUGCAUCCAUGUGUGCAAAUUAGGUUGCGAGAAGCCGUUGAAAACAUUCCAGGGUCAUACAAAUGAAGUGAAUGCGGUAAAGUACGACGUAUAUUCACGGCUUUUGGCUUCGUGCUCCGACGACAUGACAUUGAAGGUAUGGUCAAUGAAUUACGAAAAUGUGGUACACAAUUUAAAAGCACAUGAUAAGGAAAUCUACACAAUACGUUGGUCGCCAGUUGGUUAUACACUUGCAAGUGCAUCUUUCGAUCAUACAGUUCGUUUGUGGGAUAUCGAACGGGGGAUGUGUGUUCGAACGCUGACGAAGCACACGGAGCCAGUUUACUCUGUUGGUUUCUCGCCAGAUGGAAAGUAUAUCGCAUCCGGUUCAUUCGAUCGUUCUGUCUACAUUUGGGAUGUACAGUCAGGAAAAUUAAUUCAAAGCCAUACGGGAAGUUUAAGUGAUGGUGGAAUCUUCGAAGUAGGUUGGAACUUUCGGGGCGACAAAGUUGGUGCAUCAGCGAGUGACGGAACGGUAAUCAUAUUGGACGUACGACACAUCAAGAAUCGGUUGUUGUGA